CAUUCCUAAAUCAUUGGGCAAUUUGCUUGCUAUUCUUUUUUCACAAUAAUAAUAAGGAACGACGAUCAUAACCAUAGUCCAGAUGCUCGGUUCCUCUUCGAACUCUCCGUCCACUCGUCUAGCGACGUCACGUAGCCGAUUCCUUGAAUUAUACAAAGAUUCUCCGACAACAUAGAAUUUGUUUAUUAGGAGAGAGAAACGAUUCCUAGAGAGAAGAGAAGAUCAUGGCUCAGACCACCAACCAUUCAGACGAUUUAGACCAACUUCUUGACAGUGCUUUGGAUGAUUUCCAAACUCUUAAUCUUGCCUCCUCUGCUCAAAGAGAUGAUGGAGUUAAGAAAGCAGAGGGAUCUUGUUUACCUAAAGGGUUAGGAUUGGGAUUACCUGUUUUGAGAAGUAAGAAGGAAGGAAAGCAAAAGGAGUCGCAUGUUUCCGAGACCCUGAAUAAGCUAAGGGAGCAAACUAGGGAGACUGUUAAGGGGUUGGAGUCUAUAGCAGGUGGUGGUGAUGAUGAUGCAAUGUUGGAGGAUUGGGUCAAACAGUUCGAGGAACUUACAAGCUCUCAGGAACUGGAGUCUAUGAUGGAGACGAUGAUGCAACAGCUUCUGUCAAAACAAGUUCUUCAUGAACCCAUGAAGGAAAUUGAAGAAAAAUAUCCGAAAUGGUUACAAGACAAUGAAUCUAAACUAAAUAAAAUAGAAUACGACCGUUAUUUUCGUCAGCAUCAACUCAUAAAGGAAUUAAACAUGGUUUAUGAGACCGAGCCUGGUAAUUUUGGAAAAAUCGCUGAGCUCAUGCAAAAAAUGCAAGAAUGUGGUCAACCGCCAAAUGAUAUUGUGAAAGAGCUUGCUCCUGAUUUUGAUACAUCAACUUUUAACCAGCUAUCACCAGAAAUGCUUGAUUCUCAGGGAAACUGCUGCAUAAUGUGAAGAAAGGAUGGGAAUAAUGUUGUUUUUGCCUGAAGUUUACCAUUUGUAUGUCACUUCACAAUAUUAGCUAUGGUUAAAACAGUUGUCGAACACUUUUAUAUAUCUAACUACACAACUUAAAGUAGAAGCUACACUUGAUUCUCUCGAA